UAUUCAAUUAAUUUCAGAAGUCAACGAAUUAUUUAUUUAUUAUAAUUAGCAAAUCAAUAUUAUUGGAACUUAAAAUCUCAUUUAAACACUCUCGUUUUUUGUCCAGUUACAGCAUCACCAUGACCAUGAACAAAUUAGAUGCCACAUUGGAUGAUGUGCAGAAUACGCGUUUCGGCAAUAUCUAUCACGAUCUGAUCAAGCAAAUGGCCAAGACGACGCAGUUUACUGAGAACGAAGUGAGCAGCAUUCUAAUGGUUUAUCACAAAUUCGUUUUAGCCAACGGCUCCAAAGCGAAACAAAUGACAAAGAAACAAUUCUUUCAUCUCUUCUUGGUUAUGUUCAAAAUUUUUGAUUUACAAAUAAUCGAAAGGAUACUUUUGCACAUCACAUUGGAUAUGAAAAAGGAAGUAGAUCCUGUUGCCUGGGUGCGCCUCUUCUCCGUCUUCAUGACAAAUAAGUUAGAUCAGAAAAUUAAGUUCACAUUCCAAAUUUAUAAUAUUCAUGGCACCGGUUUUUUAAAUCGAGAGAUAGUGACACAUGCUGUGGAGAAAUUUUUCGUUGGGGACGAUGAAGAUGAAGUCAAUGAGUUGCGUUCGGAUAUGGUUGACUUGUUGCUCAAGAAAUUCGAUGUUGAUAAGGAUGGCGUCAUAUCGUUCGAUGACUAUUCACAAGUAGUGAUGAAGCAACCAAUGCUGUUGGAGUUUUUGGGUCAAUGUUUUCCAUCCGUAACUGGCUCCACAGUCAUUGCGCUGUGUGCGAAUAUACUGUCGAAAGUGAAUUAUGAUCAGCUUUGUUCAUAAGUAAUUGUGUUUGUAUGCAAGAAAUUAUUUUCGUGUACGAGUAUAUUUGAGAUUAUUGUUAUCUGCAUGAUUUUGUGAAUAAAUUCCCUUUUGUAAAAUA